GUCUUUACUUUUUCGAUGUGAUUUUGUUAGAUAAAGAAUUAUCAAGAAAAGAAAAUGCAGGAUGAGGCAGAAAAGCUGGAAGAAGAGAAACUAAGACUGGCCGAAAUGGAAAAAGUGUUGAAAGAACAAGCACUGAGAGAUUCCGAAAGGUAUGUAUCAAUUAAUCUCUUAUAAUUCUUGUGAAGCUCCUUAGUUAAUAAUUCAUGAAAACACAAAAGAAAUGUAGUUCGCGUCCAUCUUGUAUCGGCCGUUCAUGUUGUAAAUAAUACGUAUAACAUUAUAUGUAAAUUGUUGUAUGGAACUAAAAAGUGUAGUUAUAUAUAUACCUUUAAGAUAGCGCAUUAGUGAAUAUGUUCAAACUUUUAUCACAAUUCAGAUGGCACAGGCUCAAAAUGAUCUACUGUUUAAAAUUGCAUGCAUGAACGAUUGUUGACGAAUAUUUUCGUAUUCAGAGUUGCUUUUCGUGAAAAUGAACUGAUGAAACGUCAGGAUGAAAAACGUCUUUUGCAACAAAAGCUUUCAGAAGAACAAGAAGAGAAAGAGAGAAGACUCGAGAAAUUAAGAGAACAGGUUGGAUAUGCAUGCGUUUUACCUCUGUACAAGAAACUAAGCGCCACACGAUUAAAUAAACAUACUGCAGGCGUAGGCACGUAAGCACCAACAUUCUUGCGUGGACCAACAUAAGCACAAAAAGAAAAAGCACCAGCAUUUAGCACACGUAAGCUUGUGUUGCCUUUUCCCGUGUAAACAUUUUUGUACUUACGUUUAUUGAUUUCAUUGUGUGAAGCAUCCUAUGGGGGGAGUGGGGAAAACAAAAAUAAAAUUCGCACAAAGGAAAACAAAGAAAAAUAGCUUUAAAGUGGCACUCGCGUCAAAAUUUUUAUUUUCUUAUUUUCUUAAAAUGCUCUUAAAACUGUAUAAUUCUGUGUUUGAAUAAAUUAGACCAUAUAGGCUCAGUACAAUUGUACUGAGCCUAUAUGGUCUAAUUUAUUCAAACACAGAAUUACUAAAAUGCGGCUUAGAGAAAGUUCCGUCAUACAAGAUUUGAUAAAACUGUAUAGUAACUUGUUUUGGAGAUUUUUGUUCCCAUGCUUAAUUCUUGAGAUAUUUCAUUUUGUUUGUAACCAUGUGACGUCAAUGACUCAAUUACAUAUAUAAUGAGACAUCAGUAAUUGUUGUGUAUCUUUGCUGUUUUUGAUGGAUUUGUUUUAAAAAAACAGUUUGCUUAAUGAUGUAGGUUAAAUUAAGAAACGCGCCGCAUCUUUGAAAAGAUUUGAUUAAAAAUAGCAAAGAUAAACAACAAUUACUGAUAUCUCAUUAUAUAUGUAAUUGAGGUCACAUGGUUACAAACAAGAUAAAAUAUCUCAAGAACUAAGCAUGGGAACAAAAAUCUUCAAAACAAGUUACUAUACAAUUUUAAGAGCAUUUAAGAAAAUAAGCAAAUAAAAAUUUUGACGCGAGUGCCACUUUAAAAUUCGGCAAAGAAUUCUAGCACAAGCAGACAGCCAAAGUCAUAAUUCGAGCAAACAAAAUCUCUCCCCUCCCCCAUCACUUUUCUAAUGAUCGGCCCCGAAAGAAGCAUAUUUGAAUGAAUUUAAUGUUAAAUAUCAGUAAGUUAGAAUCGUAAAACCUUAUAUCCCCCUUUCAAGGUGUGUGUCAAUGUAACAGCAGACCCACAGCGUGUUCUUCAGUCCACUGAGGUAAGUGGUUACGUCAUCAUUGGGGGUCGUAUUUAUAUUGUGUGAGCUUUGAUUUUCUUUUCCCUUCCACAUGCCAGACCAUCAUUCUUCAUUGCUGUACUCCAGUGGUUAUAAAUUGCGCUUCGGUUGCAUGUGAGAAAGGUGCGUUCAGUUUGGCUCUAGCAAAGAAUGUACGUUUUCUCCGGUAUUCUUCGCUAUCCUGUAGGAUAAACAGUUUACAGUACUUUAGUACUAUCUAUUAUCUAAUAUAUACAACUAUCGGAUGUAAAUAAAGUUAUAGACAAUUAGUUGUUAAUAGUUUGGUUUAGUAACAUACCUUUCCUAAUUUUCCACUAUCUUGACGAUGUAGGCUUCCAGAGGGCAUGUUAUAAAGAAGGAUGAUCCAGCAGAGCCUGAGGAACUGGAGUUACAAAAACCAUUGUUCGCCAUUCAUACGUUCAAUGCGCAACAGGUAAACAUACAGCUACAGUCGAACCUGUAUUAAGCGGUCACCCUCGGGGAUUUCGCAAGUGACCGCUUAAUACUGCAGGUUGACCGCUUAAUACAGGUCUUGUAGAAAAUCAUCACACGGCUUAAAUAUAACAUUUAAUAUAACUAAAUUUGAACUAAACAGUAAUAUAUUUCAAUACACAUACCAAGUAACCAAUUAACAAGUAUAUAAAACUGCAAAUUGUUUCUGAAUUGAGACUACAUGUACUACUGUACAAUAAAAAUGUCAGAGCUUAAACCGCUGAAAAAUAGUCAUGAAUUUUUGUUUGUUGUUGCGGACUGCUCAGUUUAAUUUGACUCAACAAGUCAUUCACCCAUUUGCUGUAGUUACUUUCCACUGACCGUUUAAUACAGUUUCAAAACAAUGAAAAAUUAAGCUUGGGACCGUGGAAAGGGUGACCGCGUCCGCUUAAUAGAGGUGACCGUUCAAUAAAGGUCACUUAACUAGUAUUUAUAUUAUGAAAUUUUCGGGACUUUGCCACAUGACCGCUUAACAAAGGGUGACCGCUUAAUACGGUGCCGCUUAAUACAGGUUCGACUGUAUUUCAAUUAAGGUUGUCCCCCGAGCAAAACGGAAAAGUCGAAUACGAGCGCGAAAGGCUGCUGGGAAUCGCUAAGAACUUCAUUUAUUAGCGAAUCCCAGCAGCCUUUCGCGCUCGUAUUCGACUUUUCCGCUUUGCUCGGGGGACAACCUUAAUUGAAAUAGCUUAUACGUUUUACUGUAUUUAACCCAUUGAACACUUAGUCUAGCGCUCUUCCGUUGACAAGUAAAAUAGUCAGGCUUUAAACAGUGUAUAAGAGUAAAAUAAGGCAUAAUGUAACUCAAUUGGUCAAAAUCGUAUAACUUCGACUAUUUAAUUCUAGUAGUGUUUAGUUACCUUUUUCCGACUCUUUCGUUUCAUAAACUAGAACAAUGGUAACUAGGCAUGCGAGUUGUUCAAUCGGUUGUGAAUCGCAACCAGCUUUAACCAAAUACUGUCUGUUUGUUGGGCAGAAUCAUGCAAGAUUAAAAAUGACAUAUGAAUAUUCACGACACAGAAAGGAAAUUUUGUAACCAAAAUACAUUACAGGCCAUAGCAAUCACUAUACUGUUCAGCUAAAAAAGGCCAAGCUCUAUACUGUGUAACUGCAUGAUGGCCUCUCGUAUGGAAAAUGUCGGAUGAUAGGGGUGCAACUAACUGAACACGGAGAACUUCGACGUUCCAAGCGAAGGCCCUUCGUCGGGAAGUUAGUAGAAAGUCGUACAGUAGACGUUCUCACUGUCUCGUACAGAAAAUCUUUCAUUUCUGCCCGUACCCCCCAUUCCUAAAAGGAUUGAUCCACAAGCCUUGUGUAAUCAUAAUUUUGUUUUUAGUUAACAGCAGAUCCACGUCAUAAAGUAGAACAAGCACUACGUCAAGCAGGUUUGCAUAACACGAACUAUGCCAGACAAAUACUUGCAAAUGUUAAACCACUUCAUCCCACUAGACCUGAUCAGCAUUCAUCACUUUUCAAAGAGUAACGUUUUAUCAUGUAUCAAUUACGUUUAACCAUAUUGUGGUUGUUAUAAAUAUGUUGACUUGUACAGAAUGUCAUUUAGAAUGGUAUAAAUAGAGUAUAAGUAUGUAAAUAUUUGUACAAAUAAUUAAUUGGACUGUCCAACUGGAAAACAAAGUUUGGAAAAUUCUGUUAGGGACGGACCAUUUGAUUUUUUGAUGUGGGGGAGGCGCCUGUUUGAAAGUGCUCGAUUUUUUCUGGCCUCACCGGCUCCGCACGAUAUCAACAUUUUUGUAAUAUAUUGGUUUUACUAACUUGCCGUGCUUGAUAUUUUUGUUCAUCAGUUCGGGGCAUGCUCGAUUUUCGGAUUUGCGCCCCUCCCCCAUCAAAAACCAAAUGGUCCGUCCCUUAGAACGUUGGAGUUGGCGUUUAAUUACGAACAGAUAUGUUCAUUCAUGGCUUCGUUACGGCGCAGCAGAUAGUGGUCAACUUUAUAAAUGGCGAACCUGAUAAGAGGAGGGAAAUUUGGAUAUCUUCUCUCAAUUCCAUUCAUUGUCCACGAAACACAUUCCUACUUUAAAUUGGAAUUGUUUCUUAUUCUAAUUAAUUAUUAGAAUAAGAAACAAUUCUCAUUUAUAGUAGUAAUGUGUUUCGUGGACAAUGAAGUAAUUCUUCAGUGGUUGCUGCUGCUGCUAUUUGAACUAAAUUGGUUGAAGUGUUUGUCCACAUGCACUUUAAUAUCCAUUGUUAUCUAGUCUGUAUGCAGCCUCAAAUAGCAAGGCUAUUAUUAUCAAGCUUAUAUAAGUUUCAAUUUGCUCACGGCUGUCAUAGUGACAUAGUGAUCUGUGUAACGUGACAUAGUAAUCGGUGUAAAGCUCUCUCCCAAAUAUGUCACAUUGGCGACCUCUACAUCUUCACGAUGACAAUUGAUAAGUUUGGACAAACAUUUCAACCAAUUUAGUUCAAAUAGUAGCAGCAACAGAUGAUAGUCAACCAUUGCAGUAAUUAUGAGAAUAAGAAACAAUUCCCAUUUACUGACUGCGAAGAUAUAUCGACACAGAAACACUUUGGUCGCGACAGCCCCGACCAAAUGGAUUGACCAAAGAACUUUUUCGAAUCAAUUAAUGAUUCCAGCUAUAUACUAAAUUUUGAUCUAGGCAAGAAGAACGAAAUCCAUCACCACAGCUAGAUAGGGCAUCUUAAAAUUAGUAAAAUUGCAAAGUUUGGCUGCAUGCAAAAUGUGGAAAAUAUAGCCCUGCGAAAUUUGCAAAUUUUGUAUUAAUUUGUAUUACGCAAGGGAACAUGCACCACAUUUUGGCCGAAAGUUGCAUUUUCCCGUGCGUAAUACAAAAUAAUAGGAAGUUUAAGCUACACGUUUCCGGGAACGGCAAACGGCAGGUUCGAACUUUCUUGGCAAAAUUUUCGUUUAACGUUUUCGUUUCAUAUUUUCUUUCUUGUGUCGAAAGAAUAACUAUGUAUUUCAGUUUUAAAACUGCUAGUUCAUUUACUCUUCAUUAGUUGAUACCGUAAAAUUUUUCUUUGCCUGGCGUUUGCCGUUUGCCGUAUAACGCGAAGCUUAAACUCUCUAUUAAUACAAAACUUGCAAAUUUCGCAGGGCCAUAUUUUCCGCAUUUUACAACAUUUCGCAAACAAAAUUUGCAACUUUACUAAUUGUAUAAGAUGCUCUUUCUAGCUGUGGUGAUGGAUUUCGUUGUUCUUGCCUAGAUCAAAAUUAAGUCUAUAGUAUAGCUGGAAUCAUCAAUUGAUGAAAUCUAG